UUCCAUAUCUCUUUCACCAUUCCUCUCUCUCUUAAUCAUUCUUUGUGUUCUACCUCUUCGAUCUCCACUCAAUUUCACAAACUGAGACGUUUACUCUAACUGCGAUCAUGGACGAUCGAGCUCUGGAAACCCUUUGUUCCAGUUUUAAUCAGUGUAUAACUCUAUCCCGUUGUAAUGCUGAUCAAUCGAUUGAGUCACCACAGGAAUGUUCAGGAUGUGAAGGUAAUUGCGAUUCAGUGGGUGCCGGUGUUUCUUCUGAUGAUACUCAGGAAGCAUGUUCACAGACUCUUCCAAUUUUUCGCAAAAUUGAAGGUCUUAGCAACAGACUUCAGAGUAUCAGAGAAGAACAUGCACGCCUGAGUAAUGAAGUAAAGAGCAUCACUAUUGAUUCUUUACUUGGGUCUGAAGCUUUCACUGCUCUUGAGAAUCUGAGUGUGGAACAUGAACUUCUAAAGAAUAAGUACCAUGAAGAGUGUGAUUUACUGAAGAAGAAGUAUCUCCAAGAAUGCUCGGAAAGAAAGAAGCUUUACAAUGAAGUGAUUGAACUCAAAGGAAAUAUUAGGGUCUUCUGUAGAUGCAGGCCACUGAAACAAGAUGAGACUGAGAAAGGCUCCACAUCAGUUGUUGAUUUUGACUCAUCUCAGGAGAAUGAGCUCCAGAUGAUUUGCUCCGAUUCUUCCAAAAAACAAUUCAAAUUUGACUACGUGUUCAGACCUGAGGACAACCAAGAGGCUGUCUUUGACCAAACUAUGCCUAUAGUUACCUCCGUCUUGGAUGGUUACAAUGUAUGCAUAUUUGCCUAUGGACAAACAGGCACCGGAAAGACAUACACCAUGGAAGGAACUCCAGACAAUAGAGGAGUAAACUAUCGCACCCUGGAAGAGCUCUUUAGGAUAUCCAAGGAAAGGAGCUGUGUGAUGAGAUAUGAAUUGUUUGUUAGCAUGUUGGAGGUCUACAAUGAAAAGAUAAGGGAUCUUCUGGUUGAGAACCCGAACCAACCUGCAAAGAAGUUGGACAUAAAACAAUCAGCUGAGGGUACUCAGGAAGUCCCUGGACUGGUUGAAGCUCGUGUUUAUGAUACAGAUGGAGUUUGGAGUCUGCUUAAAUCAGGAAGUCAAGUAAGAUCUGUUGGGUCAACCAAUGCCAAUGAGUUCAGUAGCAGAUCUCACUGCUUGUUGCGGGUAGCUGUAGUGGGAGAAAAUAUAAUAAACGGGCAAAGAACAAGAAGCCAUUUAUGGCUGGUUGACCUGGCAGGAAGUGAGCGUGUUGGUAGAAUCGAAGUUGAAGGUGAAAGACUGAAGGAGUCUCAAUUCAUAAAUAAAUCCUUAGCAGCAUUGGGAGAUGUUAUCUCAGCCCUAGCCUCAAAGAGUUCUCAUGUUCCUUACAGGAACUCGAAGCUUACUCAUAUGCUGCAAAGUUCCCUAGGUGGAGAUUGUAAAACUUUGAUGUUCGUUCAAAUUAGCCCGAAUUCGGCUGACCUUGGAGAAACUCUUUGCUCCUUGAAUUUUGCCAGCCGUGUCCGAGGAGUUGAACAUGGGCCUGCCCGGAGACAGACAGAUCAUGCAGAGCUUUUGAAAUACAAGCAGCUUGCAGAAAAGGUAAAACAAGAUGAGAAGGAAGCCAAGAAGUUGCAGGAUAACGUGCAGGCUUUGCAGUUAAGGCUUGCUGCUAGAGAACAUAUCUGUAAAAAUCUUCAAGAUAAGGUUCGAGAUCUCGAGGCUCAAUUAGCUGAGGAAAGGAAAACAAGGAUAAAACAGGAAAACAGAGCUUUGGCCUCGCUUGCUACUCAAUCAACAGUAACAUCAAACCAAGCAGAGAAGAGCUCAACUGCAGAUAAAAAGAAACCACCAUUGGGCCCAUCACUAAGGUUGCCACUUAGAAGACUCACAAACCUCAUGCCACCAGCUCCUGCAAACAAGAAGAGUAUGAUGUCCUAUCUCCCUGCUGUUAGAGAAGACAAAGAAAAUGUCUCGAGAGAAAACAAGGGGAAACAAGUUUUGAAAGCAAGACGAGGUUCCAUGGCUGUAAGACCACCUCCAGGAACGACAACAGGUCAAGUUUUCCAACCUAAAAGAAGAGCAUCAGUUGCAACUUUCCGGCCCGAAUCCAACUCAAGCAUGGCAACUCCACUUCAAAAAUCUUCUUCUAGAAUGAUGAGGAAUGAGCGUGCCAUGGGCCGGCAAUCAUUUGUUUGGGAUCCACAAAGAGUUUGGAGAACUUCAAGAGUGUCUUCCCCGUUGCCACAGUCGAGAGAGGCAAUAGAAGCAACACCCAUUGGCCCCAGAAGUAGUAAAUUUAGAGGAAGUCCUCCUUCGCAGGUCCCUGGGUCAUGGAAGCCUAAGCAUCCAACAGUGGUAGCACUGCAAAAGAAAGUGGUUUGGAGUCCGCUGAAACUGAGAGGCAUGAAAAAUAAGAGAAAUUCUAUGAUGUCUUGAAGAACCGUGGCCAAAUACGACGUUCAUUAUAUCUCAUGUGGCUUCAUUUUUUGUGCCAGUGUGUAAUGCUUCCUGCUUACACUUGCUGGGUUCCAUACACUGUCCAGGCAUGAGUGCUGCUAUACAUAUUCUUUUUGAAAUGCAUACACUGACUGCAUACUUGUAUCUGUUAGAUUGCUCUUAUAGUAUUGUUAGUGGGAGAUUAAAAGCAUCUUUUGUUUUGACUCCACAUCUCCAUUGGAUAACAGGAUCAGAUUAAUUGCUAUAUCACCUGACGUUUCAUGUUGUACAAACUGAUGAAUAAAUAAAUCUAUCAAUUUCAUGAAAA